GAUCCGUGACGCCUCCGCACCUAUCGACAGAAUAUACACAUCACACACUUUCUCGACAGAACAGUAACGAUCGACAGGUCCCUCCUUUGCAGCACAACUUAUUUUCAAUCUCCACUUGUUCCAGGCGCCGGACGAGAAUCUGACCAGUGUCUCGGCGCUAGAUCGAUUCUUUCUAGGUUGAAUUGUCCUUUCGGGUGUUUUCGAAUCGAAACUUAUUCUCCUACACAAGACUUCUCGUCGGCAUCCAGACUGUCUCCUACCGGCAUCUUAUGGUUUGGAGGUCACAAGAGAUCAGAGCAUUGGUGUCAGUAAGCACGCGGUUUAACUUCGGUGUUCUGGGCUCAAUCUCGUUUUCAGGUGCAAGGAGAAUGUCCUCACGUUACGAUGAGAACCCCCUCCAGGAAUGGAGAAGGAGUCGAUCAUCAAUUCCAGGAGAUGGUGAAGGUGAUGGAAUAGUGACCAGGAGCAAAUAUCCAUGUCCAGUUGGCGUGCUUACAUUGAGAAAUCGUCUUCCUCCCCCGACCAACUUGGUAGGAUCACUCACUAGGCAAAUCCUACGUCCUGGGCCACAUUCUCCAAGCCAAGUUAAUCGAGCCCGCGACUAUUUCGGUCCGACUUGUCCUUCCUAUAACAAACUCGAUCCACUCACAUCAAAUGAGAUGUCCUCACGCUCACUCUUGAGUAAAUUCUUAUCUCAACCGGACAACGAUAGCCGGUCAGGAACUUGGUCAGAUAGAUAUGAAUCCACGAACAGUUCCCAGUUCCAGCCCCCGGAUAGGUCGAGCUGGGACAGUAGAGAUAUCGGGGAACGAAGGAAUCUUGCACAAGGCUCGCGUGAACAAGAAAGGCGACGCGAUGAAGUGCACGGCUCUAGUGAUGCUCCAGCACCCAACAUGAGUCGAUUGCAAUAUUCAGACAUACAUUCACACGAUGAAGAAGAUAAUCAAGCGACGACGUCCCAGGGGACAUCAGCUGGUGCGGCCGAUAUACACCCGAUCAGGCUGGUCAAUCGAUAUGGCGAAGAAGAAUUUAGGUAA